CAGCCACUUUACCACACAGUUGACGAGCUGGACUCGAGCACCGACCUCGGCUACGCCGCGGCCACUUCCUCCUGCUUCUUACAACGAAGCGAUAUCGUCCGCAAGGGGCGACAUGUAAUGCUGUGGUUGUGCCUAGUGAGUCCUCGCUGGAGCCCGUUUCUCCGGGCUCGGGUUAGUGCGUGCAGGACGGCGGGGAGAAGCGCCGUCUCCGCCGCGGCUGAGACCUGAGGGAGGGAGAGAGAGAGAGAGAGGCGAAACUGCGUCUGAAAACUAUUUCUUACGAUGGGAAAGAGUGCAUGUUGAUAUUUAGUGUUUGGGGCCGUUUUCACCAGUCGUCUUCACUUUGGGGAGACGAACUUAACUGCAGCUGAAGGAGGCGGAACAUGUACACGGAACAUGGAUGUACAAAAAGGGAUGAAUAUCAGCAAAUACCGCAGGAGAUAUACUCAGAAUUACAGUGCAACUACUAGAAAGGACAAAACUCCACACCUGUGAUUGGAUUUGAGCAUGUGCUGACCUGAGACCAUUAAAAUGGAGUUGCUAUGGAAACUUGUAGUGCUGCUGUCAUUGGUGGAGGGUCUAGCAGGAAGUGGAGUCCUGCUGAGGCCCGUGUUCACCAAACAGCCAGGGAGCGUGGUGUUUCCCAUUCAACCUGGAGAGAUUCGCAGAGAAGUGGUGUUUAGCUGUGAGGCUCAAGGACACCCUCCACCCUUCUACAGGUGGAAGCUAAAUGGCUCUUUCUUACUGCCCAGCCCGGUGUCACGUUACUCUCUCAUGGGAGGAAACUUACACAUCAGCCAUCUGAAUAAAGACGAAGAUGUUGGUGUCUAUCAGUGCCUGGCAUCUAACUCUUUUGGCACAAUCCUCAGCAGAGAGUCCAGUCUCCACGUUGCGUACUUGGAGAGUUUCAAAACCCAGAGAAGAAGUCCAGUAAGGGUUCGUGAAGGCCAAGGAGUGGUCUUACUGUGUGGCCCACCCCUUCACUCUGGAGAACUCACCUUCACGUGGAUCUUCAAUGAGUACCCGUCAUUUGUCACCCAGGAUACGCGGCGAUUCGUGUCCCAGAAGACAGGCAACCUCUUCAUUGCGAAAGUGGAACCCUCUGAUGUGGGCAACUACACGUGUGUCGUCACCAACACAGUCACCAAAAGCAGCGUUCAAGGCCCACCGACACCCUUAGUCCUGCGGGUUGAUGGUGUGAUGGGCGAGUACGAGCCAAAGAUCGAAGUGCAGUUCCCUGAAGUUGUCCCUGUUGCUAGGAGCUCAACUGUCAAACUGGAAUGUUUUGCACUGGGAAACCCGGUGCCAACAAUCAGCUGGAGAAGAGUGGAUGGUGCCUCUUUUGGCAGGAAGGUGAACAUCAAUAAGGCCAGUGGAGUCUUAGAGAUCCCUUAUUUCCAGCAGGAAGAUGCAGGGAUGUACGAAUGUGUGGCUGAAAACAGCAGAGGGAAAAACUCUGUGAAAGGCAAGCUGACGUUCUAUGCUCCACCGCAGUUGAUCGAGAAGCCUCAGGAUGUUCAGAAGACUAUUGAUGACACUCUGAUAUGGGAAUGCAAAGCCAACGCGAAGCCCAAACCUUCGUACCACUGGCUGAAGAACGGCGACAUUCUGGAUCCAAUGGAAGACAGGAUUCAGGUAAAUGAUGGAGUGCUGACAAUCAGCAGCUUGAAUUUGGCAGACAUAGGAAUGUACCAGUGCAUGGCAGAGAACAAGCACGGCCGAAUCUUCACCAACGCUGAGCUCCGAGUCAUUGCCAUUGCUCCAGACUUCUCCCAGAACUUGUUAAAGGCCCAAACUUUGGCCCGACAGGGUGGCGACGUUCUAAUCGAAUGCAAACCCAGGAUGUCUCCUCGGGGUGUGAUUUCAUGGAGGAAGGGGAAGGAAGCCCUGCGAGAGAGCCACAGAAUAAUGGUGUUGGAUAACGGAAGCCUACGGAUAUCCAAUGUUACUAAAAUGGAUGCAGGACUCUACACUUGUGCAGCCAGAAACCAGUUUGGAGUAGCAAGUAGUACUGGAAGCCUUUUAGUUAAAGAAGCAACUGUGAUCACCAGUCCAGCAGGCCACCUGGAUGUCACCGUGGGCGAGAGCAUUGUGCUGCCCUGUCAGGUUUCUCAUGACCCAACUCUGGACCUCAAGUUCACCUGGUUCUUCAACGAGCAGCUCAUCCACUUUGGAAGCCACGGGGCUUUUUUUGAAAAAGUUGGUGGGCGGUCCGCUGGUGAUGUCAUGAUCCGCAACAUUCAACUAAGGCAUGCUGGGAAAUACACCUGCGCUGUUCAGACCAAGGUGGACAGUGUGUCCAUUGCCACAGAUGUGGUCGUCAGAGGUCCUCCUGGCCCACCUGUGGACUGUCAGGUGAUUGAUAUGACGGCAACUAGCGCCUCUCUAUCAUGGGGACCGGGGAUGGACAACCACAGCCCCGUCCUCAGCUACACCAUCCAGGCCAGGACGCCCUUCUCUCUCGGCUGGCAAGCUGUGACCACGGUUCCUGAGCUGCUAAGGGGGAAACAGCUGUCAGCUACCGUCUUUGACUUGAACCCGUGGGUGGAGUACGAGUUCAGAGUUUUGGCAAGCAACAGCAUAGGGACAGGGGAACCCAGCAAGCCUUCCAAAAAGGCUCGCACCAAAGAAAUGCCUCCCAGGGCGACUCCAGCGAGGCUGAAUGGUGGCGGUGGAGGACGCUCCGAGCUGGUAAUGACUUGGGAGCCUGUCCCCGAGGAGUUGCAGAGCGGUCCAGGAUUCGGAUAUGUGGUGGCCUUCCGCCCACUUGGGGCACAGGACUGGAUGCAGGCUGCUGUCACGUCCCCAGACGCUUCUAAAUACGUCUUCAAAAAUGAGACCAUACCGCCAUUCACCCCUUACCAAGUGAAAGUUAGGGUUUACAACAACAAGGGAGAAAGUCCUUUCAGUCCAGUCACAACAAUCUACUCAGCAGAGGAAGAGCCCAACAGGGCUCCGGGUAGGCUGAGGGCGAAGAGUGUAUCAGCGUCUGAGGUGGACGUCACCUGGAAGCCGCUACCUUGGAGUAACAGCCGCAGACGCAUCCUGGGCUACGAGCUGCGUUACUGGGGGGAGAAAGAGAAGCAAGAGCCAGCCAGAGUGAUCAGGACAGUGGGGAAUAAAACUUCAGUACUCAUCAGGGAUCUGGAGGGACGCAGUACAUAUUACAUUUCCCUACGGGCCUAUAACAGCGCUGGAGUGGGUCCACAGAGCAGCAUAGUCAAUGUCACAACCAAGAAACCACCACCCAGUCAAGCCCCAGUCAAAAUCAUGUGGAACACGUCCAACUCCAAAGUCAUCCUGCGAUGGGACCAAGUGCACGCCCUGGAGAACGAAUCAGAAGUCACAGGAUAUAAGGUGAUGUACAGCCAGGACAAACACAGCCGUCCCAGCGUGGUGGAGACCAACAACACCUCCCUGGAGUUGUCGCUGCCUGUCAACGAAGACUACGUGAUCCAGAUUAAACCUUUCAGCGAGGGCGGAGAAGGCAUUAGCAGUCGCCAGAUUACCAUACCCAAGAUUGAAGGCUCCACGGCGAUGGGAGCUGCUUCAGAGUCCUUGGCUUUUCCACUGGUGAACCUUGCAGCCCUGAUCUUCACAGCCACAGCUAUACUAUGACAACCGUCCGGGCGCGUGCAGCUGCUCAUUCAGAGGAGAAACAGCAGGUCAAAGACAACACAAGGCCGCCAGCCGCAGUUCCACCUGCUCUCUUCCUUAACCUGCUGUGUGUUUCCCCACUCUGUCUACAAAGAUCUUUGUCUGAGGAAGAUUCUUUUCCUCUACCUUUUCUGAAGUGGUAGCUAAAAGGAACCGGCUCCUUCUGAAGUCUCUUUUAUGGAACUGAAAAGAGUCUGUGACUCGACUGAUGGCAGUUUCUUUGUAGGUGUUUUUCUUCUUCUUCUUUUCUUUUUUUUUUUUGGGUCCCGUCUCCUUUCUAAGCGGUGGAUAAUCUCGUGUGGUUUUCACCUUGGAGGAUACGUUAGGACGUGUUUAUGGUUUCCCAAUGGGACUGUAAAAGUUCUGUUAGAAGGAUGUGUAUUUUAUGUGCCGGUGACCUUUUCAUUGAUCGUCGGAUUCCAGCGCAGCCGAGAGCGGAGGAGAUCUGGGGUCACUUAAAUGUUUAUGUGAAUGAAGUAACAUUUAAGCUCGAUUUAAAAACAAAAAGUGCUGCUCUUUUUCGGGGUGUCUUUAGAAAACGCCUCCACUGUCAAAGAAAGACAGCUUACUGUUAGUCAUCCAUGAUAAAAAAUUAAAGAACAAAAAAGUGGAUAAGCUUCAUUACUUUAGGGGAAAACUGAAGUUGGGACCUUUUUAGCUCCGCCUGGAUUUCAGUCCCACUUUCACACUCCCCGUUACACGAAACUGACUGGACCAAAGCUUUGGGAGCAACCAGGUUCAGUUGCACCUGCUGCAUUGUAAGAAAAGGCAGCCUGUACCUUCAUCUGUAUGGCUUCCAGUGUAAACAGCUGACUUGUGUUGAUAUUCAAUGUUUCACCUUCCUGCCGCCGUCAUACGUGUGUAACUAAGGCAAGUAUGUAUGAAAUCCUCAGGACCCAAAUGAGCCUUAAGUCUUCUGAUUAGUAUCCAUGUUGCUGUUAUUUAAAGAACAACUUUUAUUUAUUCCCCCUUUCUUUUGUCUGUUUAUCCACAUUGUAUUUUGGCUGUAAUGAUUUUCACUUUUGUUCAUUUUUAGAUCAUGUUAUUGGUCUCAGAAACCGCAGCCUUUCAUGUAUCUCGUCCUGAUGAGCAUUGCAAUACAGUAAGUGACAGUGAUUUCUGACUUUUCUAACAUAGCUUACUACAAAGUGCGAGCAGUAUUUUCCUGUUCGGCCGCUGUUUUGGCAUGACACUGGUCAGUAUAUGUACCUUUCUGAGGAUGUCUGAAUGGAUCAACCUGCUUUUAAUAAAGA